CGGCACCACUACCGGGCCCAGUCGCUCGGCAGUCCCGCGGGCCCGCAGCAGCGCCUGCGCCGCCGCCCGCCAGCUCUCGCCGUCCCCCGAAGCUUCGUGAAGAUUCCGGAAGGCUCCGGCCGGCUCUUUCCGCCGCGGGACCUGCCCCGCCCCCGGUGCUGCUGCCCGGCUUCCUUCCUUCCUUCCCUCUUCCUUCCGCCGUGUUCCGCCGAGUUCGGCUCGCCCGGGCGCCAGGGCAGGAGGUGCUGCGGCCAUGUCGCUGCUGUGCUACAACCGGGGCUGCGGGCAGCGCUUCGACCCCGAGAGCAACACGGAGGGUUCAUGCACAUACCAUCCAGGUGUGCCUGUUUUUCAUGAUGCUCUCAAAGGUUGGUCAUGUUGUAAGAGGAGAACAACGGACUUUUCUGACUUCUUAAGCAUUGUGGGCUGUACAAAGGGUCUCCAUAACAGCGAGAAACCUCCUGAGCCUGUUAAACCAGAAGUCAAAACUACCUCUGAACGAAAGGAGCUAGCUGAACUGAAACCUAAAUUUCAAGAACACAUAAUUCAAGCACCAAAGCCAUUGGAAACAAUUAAGAGGCCAAGCCCAGAUGAGCCAAUGACAAAUUUGCAGCUGAAAGUGUCAGCUUCCUUGAAACAAGCUCUCGAUAAACUGAAACUGUCAUCAGAAAAUGAAGGGAGAAGAGAGGAAGAUAGUGAUGAAAUCAAGAUUGGGACGGCAUGUAAAAAUGCAGGCUGUUCAAAAACAUACGAAGGACCACACAGCACAGAAGAAGUAUGUAUAUACCAUUCUGGUGUACCUAUAUUCCAUGAAGGGAUGAAGUAUUGGAGCUGUUGUAAAAGAAAAACUUCUGACUUCAAUACAUUUUUAGCUCAAGAAGGCUGCACAAGAGGCACACACGUAUGGACUAAAAAGGAUGCAGGUACAAAAGUAGUUCCAUGCAGGCACGAUUGGCACCAGACUGGAGGAGAAGUGACUAUUUCUGUAUACGCUAAAAACUCCGUCCCUGAUCUGAGCUAUGUAGAAGCUAAUAGCACAAUGGUAAAUAUCCAUAUUGUAUUUGAAGGAGAAAAGGAGUUUCAUCGCACUGUGAAGUUAUGGGGAGUGAUUGAUGUAAAGAGGAGUUAUGUGAACAUGACUGCUACAAAGAUUGAGCUCACCAUGAGAAAAGCAGAGCCCCUGCUAUGGGCAAGCCUGGAGUUACCAGUAUCCAACACACAACCAAAACAGGAGGGUUCGGAUCAAUAACGAUUCCAAGAGACAAGUUAUUUCUCAUGAUGAAGUGGUGACUUGCUACUGUAAUCAAAUAUUUAACUUUUAUAUAGAUCUCUUUUUUUUUUAAUGCUAGAUCAUCUGUUCCCUUUUAGAAAGAAAUUUGACGCACAGUAAAUGGGGGUGUAAACUUGAAUGGGUAACAGUUAUUUCUGCUCUUGUUCCCAUGGGUAUGUUUAUGCUAGAUGCAGUGUCUCUCUGGGAAUUUAGAGUAAACAGCUAUUGCCCUUUGCUUGCAACCUUCCUUACCAUGCACUGGCUAUCCCAGUAGAUGUGCUCUCUGUUCACAGUGGGUUUCUCUAUUUUUCAGCUGUUCUGUUUAGACUGGAUGCAUUAAGUUGCCUGUGUUAAAUUCACCACUGUUAAGAAGCAUACAUUAAUGCAGAUAAAAAAAAUCUGAGUUUGAACUGAUUAGCAUGCAAUUCCACAUCUAAAGUGAAAGGUUACAUAAACAGAAAUAUGAAGUUGUAGACUUUCAUGUUCUGAAAUGAAGGUUUGUUUCAAUACUGUUGGCUGUGGAAGGAUGAAAUAAUUGAUAUUAUUCCAAGGAUUUCAGUACUUGCUGACUCCUGCUGUCUUUCAUGUGUCAAAGCAGAUCGGGUUAAAAUUUUAAAAACGGUGGCAAGAAGGGAUUUUUUGUUUUACUCUUUUACAUUUGCUAUUUAAAUAUAAAAGCAAAUGGACAGUGAAUUGGCUAUAUAAUUUAGCAUUUCAGCUGUGAAGAGUAUGCAAACAACAAACUAUUGUAAAAUUACCAAAGUGCUGUAUAUAUUUGACAGCCUUUAGAACAUAUAGUCUGUUGUAUUUUACAACACUGAAAAUCUCAAGACUCUUCUCAAAGUAGGUUGAUACGUGGUAUGUAGGAGAAGCCAGCACACCCUGUAGGUGUCUUGGUAAAACAAUUUCCUUAUAGAUGUGUGUAUCUCCUGACUCUGAGGAUGAUCAAGGAUGGUCAUCUAAGAACUGUAGUUAUAUACAGGACAAAUCUUGGGAGAAACAACGUGCUUUAAAAUGUCUGUCUCAAAUUGUAAUUGUACCUUUGAAUCAAAAUACUUUAAAAGAAUACUUACCUUUUGAGUAGACCAUUAUUAGAAAUGAAUACCAUAGUUUUUUUUCAGUUCAUCAGUAAAGGUACAUGGCUGAAAACAGGAUAGCUUAAAAAUUAGAUUUUUUAAAAUUUUUUUUUAUCCAAGCAACAACAUACACGGUAAGGCUGCUUUCUAUUUCUGCUUGGAAUAGUUUCUUAAUUUUGGCUUGCAGGUGAAAUAAAAAAGAUUUCCUAUAAAAGUAAUAAAAAUGCACACCAUUAUUUAUUGUGCCUAAUCAUAUAUAUGUAAACAGCAGGUCUUGUGGACUGUUAAAAUGCAUGGAUACUCAUCUACCAGCCUUGGCAGACCUGGAAUAGUGUCAGGAGAAACACAGGGUGUAGUAAAGGCAUUCUGAAGUGAAAUAACAGAUUUCUAAGAAUCUUGCUGUUUUCCAGUAGUAUGAAUUGACUUGAGCUCAGACUUCUAACAGUACUUGAAGUCCUACUUCAUGCUUAAAGUAGUAGGAAGUACAUUACCAAAGAAGCCAUCCCUGAAGACCAAGAAAGUAACACUGGUGAUAAAUAUAUAUAUAUAUACAAAUGCAUAUAUAAAAUUGUUUUGGUGCUUCUCUACCUUCACUUCAAGAUCCUUUGUUGUUGAUUACUUAGUUUAAGCAUGGUUUCAUACUCCCUUGGACUCUUCUACAAAAUAUCAGCUCUAAGUUCUGCUGUAUAGAUUCUGUUAACCUCUAAUAAUGCCUUUUUUUUCCUCUUUUUUUAAAUUUGAAAAUGUCAGGUACUACGAAGUGAUAGGGUACAAGCUUAUAAAAUGUGUGCCUGCCAAGUGGUCCUCUGAAAAUUGAACAGAUGUUCCUUGAUGUUUUCUGAACCAACAAGUGGAGUACUUAUUAGUAUGACACUGAGAACAUCAGAGGAUAAAAAAUUCUAGAUAGCUGUAGCUACUAGCAUGCCGUCUGUGUUUGUGUGUGCAGAACUCUGAACUUGGACAGCAAAAUUAGCAGUGCUUAAACGCCAGGAUAAAGUUCUUGUUUAACAAGCAAGUUCAAAUUUGUCUAUCCAUAUGGAUAUAUAAAUAUCCUAAAUAUGUUUAAAAAAUGUGGAAAACAUGUUUUCACUUAAUUUGCAUCCUCAUGUGCAGUAGGCUUACAUAAUGUAAAAUCCAUUUUAAAGAACUGCAUGAAAAAUGGAAUUCCUUGGGAAAACAGAAUUUCUGUUUUUAAGUUGUCUUCUGCCUUAGUGCACUAAACCCUAAAUGGAGAGAAAUGUGGAUGAUUGGACCAUCUGCUGUAAAUGAUGCAGUCUUCGGGAGCCUGUAACUACUGUUACACUCUUUCAAACUAUGUUCUGCUGGUAGCUUAGUCACCUUGGCCAUAAAUGGGAGAAAGUUCCUGUAAACAUAGUCCCCAAAUUUGCUUUUGCUUUUUAUGCAUUCCUCCUGCUCUUUUCCUGUUGUUCAAACUUUCAGCACAAAAGUAACAAUACUUCAGGUUAUCUAUAAUGAGUCUCCCCAUCAGUGGCAAUACAACCACUUUUAAAACUUACUUGUUUAAAAAAGCAAGCAAACAAAUUAAGGAACCCAUAAAACUCCCACCAGAUUUGGUCAGGCAAGAAAGUAUAGAUUUUACAAUAACAGCAUAGUUUCUAUGGCCUGGGAUGCUUUUCAAAAUAAAAAGAUAAACCUUCAGAUGGCCUGGGCUGCCAUAAACUAACUGCAGCAAUUCUUAGCAGUUUUUUAUAACCAUAUGUCUGCAUCUAUCCUGAAGCUGCAAGAGGUGCAUCACUCACUGAAUUCAUGUGUUUUCAGCAGUUGCUCACAACAGGCUUCAACACAGCAAGGGUUGAUCCUUGUGUUUCAUGCAGUGACAUCUUGACAUGCAUAAUGGUAGCAGACACUUUGAUGGAAUAUUGGCUUGGCUGUAACUUUUAUUGGUAAGUGUGGAGAGAAAGUAAUGCUAGCUGUAGUGUACUAAACCAAUCACGAUUGAUACUUUCCCAAAAGCAAGACUUGUCAAGUAAGCAAAGUGAUUUUGGAUCACAAGCUUUCCCCUGUCUAAUAAUAUGACACUAAAUUGCAAACCAGUAUGAGCAGGAAUACUUGGUAUUGAAUUUAUCCUUUUUUCAUGCUUUCAGAUGUUGUGCUGUAUUUAUCAAACUGAUUAAAUUGAUACAGUCUAACUAUUUUUAUAAAUAAGUGUUUUAAGAGCUGUCGUGUGUUUCACUAUGGGUUUACAUGUUACACAUGUAAACCAGCAUGUCACAUGAGUCAGAACUGACUGUCCAGGUGCAUAUUAAAGUUCACCUUCACGAUUGCUUUAUAAUACAAAAAAUUGCAUGGAUAUGCAAGUUUAUGACAGAAAUCUUAAUCUUUUCCCUCAUGUCUAAGCCCAUUUUCCUAUCUAACAUAACAUAUUUCAUACCUGACAUUACAUCCCAGGUAACAAGUGAUAGGAUGAGAGGAAAUGGCCUCAACUGCCAGGGAGGUUUGGAUUGGAUGUUAGGAAAAGGAUUUUCAUGGAAAGGGUUGUCGGGCAUUAGAACAAGCUGCUCAGGGAAGCAGUGCAGUGACAAUGCCUGGCGGUGUUUAGAAAAAAACAUGGGUAUGGCACUUAAGUACAUGGUUUAAUGGUGAACAUGGUGGUGGUGCUACCUUGGUGUUUGGUGAUCUUAGAGGUUUUUCCCAUCUUAACAAUUCUGUGAUCUUUUAUCUGUAGCAACAUUUCUUGGAGGAAUUGGAAUUUAUGUGAAAUGUUAAUACACUGCUAAGCACAGGGCUGGUCAGCUACUCUGACUCAUAGGUCAUACAUGGCACUGAUACAAUUUGACAAAAAAAUCUUCCAUUGGAUGGUAUUCUGGAUUGUGUACAUUAUCAAGUCACCAUUUCAGUAGUUUGGGAAUUAGUUUUACUAGGAAUUUUGCCUUGGGAAAAAAAUAUACCUAUUCUACAUAAUGAUACAUUUUUGGCUUGCAUUCUUUAAACAUGGCAUGAGUAUUGAUUAAAUACUGUACCUGUUAAUGAUUGGUCUUUCCCAGUUGCUACUAAAUUUUUUUACUUUUGUUCAGGAAGGAGAUCCUUUUUAAAGUAAGUUAUGUGUCUGGAACACUGUUUUAGGGUGGUAAUAAUUUUGCCAUUAUAAGAGUCUUGAAUAACAGUUGAAGAGGAGAUGGCUUUUCGCAUGGCUGUUUGAUUCUGCACAUUCAUAAAACUUACAGCAAUUAAUCUCAUGUCUUCAUGCUCUAUUUUUUUUCUAAAUGUAUUCAAUAAAAUUCUUAUUACAUGCUGGUUGCA